AUGCAAAAACUGACGAAGCGCAUAGAUGACCUGAAGCAGAGAAUCGCUGCUUGGGGAAAGCGGGUUCGGCAAUAUACCGAGAGGUCUACACGGUUUCACCAGAAUCGUCUCUUCCAGAGUGAUCAGAAGAGGCUCUAUAAAUCGUUGGAGCGACCAAUGGUAAGUGGAACGGGCCCAGCACCGAAUCAGGCCGACACUGUAGCAUUCUGGCGCGGCCUGUGGUCAGAGCCCAUAAACCACAGCGAGGGCCCUCGGACGGAAGUUGUGGCGAGUCAGUGUGCGAGUAUAACACCCAUGAAUCCCGUCAUUAUAACGCCGAAUGACGUAGCUGAGGCGGUCCGUAGGGCCCCGAACUGGAAAAGUCCGGGACUCGACGGGCUGCAUCACUACUGGCUGAAGGGGUUUGUGGUGUGUCAAACUGUGUUCGCCCGACAGUUCCAAGAGGCUCUCAACCAGAAGUCGCUCCCGAGCUUCUUCACUACUGGGAUCACAAUGCUGACGCGAAGUGUAAUGUGGCUUAAUAUUUUGAUCCUUUUAAACGCUAUUAUAUUAUUACAAAGUGCAAGACAAUGGAGUAACAGACAGCUUUUUCCACCCAGUAAAAUCCCAGAUGAUGGUCUAAAUCCACAACGACCGGUUGUGAGACGAAAAAUUGUGCUAUAUCAUAAUUUUUUCCGUACAAAAGUACAACCGACUGCUUCAAAUAUGUUAUUAAUGUCCUGGCACGCAGGUGCUGCACGUCAAGCUCAAAAUUAUGCGGAACGAUGCAUAUUUCUGCAGCACAACGAUCCACAGGAAAACACUGUGCCAUAUCUAGGAUCUUGUGGGCAGAAUUUAUUUGUUGCAGCACAGAAAACCCCAUGGUAA